CAUGACAUGACAACCAUGACAGCCAUAACAGCCACAACAGCCACCCUCAACGCUAACCAUCCGUACAAAGCUUUUCUUGCUGUCCUCCCAGACUCGGCCCGCCAAACCCGUAUGGUUCCCUCCGACGGCUGGCCAUGUCUCAUACGUCAAGACCCCCGCCAGUCGUCAAAUCAACGAGUCACCCCCUCCCCCAAGCUUGUUGGCUCCCCCGAGUCUCACCGCGUGAAGCUCCCCAGCGAAGGUACCUGCCGGGAACCCCGGCGACGCUGCGUCUCGAAGUUUCCUCCGUCGCGUGCCGGAGCUUCCUGCAACUCAACUACGUCAGCAUGAUUGUGCCCGUAGCGACCACUCGCGCAGACAAUGGAUCGGCCGCACAUGUCGUUCAAGCAUCCCUGCCCUUGGGUCCGAGACGAUCGAAGCUUCCCCGUUCUCUCUUACAUCGUCUCAAUCCUGGCGGGGAGGUCCUUUUCACCUCGUAGUGCUCUGUCGCUGGCUCUGAAUCUGUCCUCCGUCUCCUCUCGCUCUCUUGCUGGAGUCUUCUAUCUUUCGUUGUAACACAAGUCGAGGACUGCGGAGCGCGUGCGCACAGGGCACGCCGACUAGAUCCCCUGCGACUCGUGGGCUACUGGACUGAA